CUUAAACUUGUGUUUUGUGCUGGUAGGAGCUUCGGAGCUCCUCAGAUGUCAGAUCUAAUGAACUGAUCGAAGAAUCCGAAAUCGGACUGGCCAUUUUCCCUUUCCUUAACUUUCUCCAAAAGCAAUAUACCGCUCGAGCCCUUGUCGUCGGGGAAGAAUCUUCCGAUCGACGCCUUCUCCGGUGAACGCGAUGAGUUACAAAAGGGACUCUCAUGCCUCGAAGGCUGGUCUUUUUGACAGUUAUGGAGGCAUUGAGGAAGGGCGUGGAACCUCCUCUUCACACCGAGAAAUUAAUGAGCAUGACAAUGACCAAGCAGUGGAGAAUUUGCAGGAAAGAGUCAUGUUCCUGAAGAGACUGACCGGUGACAUACACGAGGAGGUGGAAAGUCAUAACCGUAUGCUCGAUAUAAUGGGGAGCGGCAUGGAUGCAUCGAGGGGUUUACUGUCGGGGACUAUGGAUCGUUUUAAGAAGGUGUUUGACAAGAAAUCAAACCAGAAGAUAUGUAAAGUUGCUGCAUAUUUUGUGGUCUCCUUCAUUACAGUAUACUACCUCAUAAAGUUCACUGGAUACUUCAUGUGAAGAUAAAAAAAGGUGUCUACACCCUUAGCUGACCUUGUACAUUGAGGUUUUCAUCCGUCGCAAUGCUCUUUGUGAGUCUUAGUCGAAUCCUGAACAGAGAUUAUCUUGCGAAAAGCCACUGAUGGUUUCAGAGAAAAUGCGCUUAAAGAUCCCGAAGCAGUGUAAAAGUACAUUCGUUGUCCAUCUGUGCCGGUCCAGUAUGGUCAUGUAAAUGACAUUAGCAUGUCUCGUUAUUUCUAUGAAUUGUCCGAGCUUUAUAGGCUGUACUACGUUGCCCGUUGAAUGCAGUUUCUUAUUUUAAACCUUUAA